AUGGCCUCGGUCAAACCUCCGGAGUACAAUCCCAUGUACCCCAUGCAGAUAUAUAUCGAAACGAAUUUAUUCAGAAGGAUGAUCAUGACUUCGGUCAAACCUCAAGAGUACAAUCCCAUGUACCCCAUGCAGAUAUAUAUCGAAACGAAUUUAUUCAGAAGGAUGAUCGUGACUUCGGUCAAACCUCAAGAGUACAAUCCUAUGUACUUCAUGCAGAUACCCUUUCAGGAAGCUGAAUUCCGGCGAAACGUUUUUAACGUAGAACCAACCCUAAGGAAAUCUGCAGUUUCUGUGGAUACAGAUUUCAUUUCCGAAAGGAAAAGACACGUAGAAAAAAUUCGAGGGCCAGAAUCUGCUCUGUAUUCUGCGGUAUGUCCGAUCGUAUACGCAUUGAGGAUAUUUGGAUUGGCCCCCUACAGGUUUUCGAAGGAUCAAUUGGUACCUUCGAGGUUCAAUUUGAUUUUUGCUUUUGUCUUUAUGGGAAUUUACAGUUAUAUUAUUUAUGGUAUUCUUAUACAAUUUCUGAACGUCGAGAGAGGCAGUCCCGUGCUUGGCCAUAUAGAAACGAUAAAGGUAGUAUUCAAUUAUUGCGUAGCAAUGUGGGAUAUUAUAAUAACUAUUCGAUGUAGCAACAACUUUACAACUGUCUGGAACGCAUAUCAAGACUAUGACGAGAAAGUCAGAAAUUUAGGAUUCGCUCGGAGCGGAAAUAAACCGAAAUAUUGGGCCUGGUCGAUGCUGAUUAUAAGUUUCAUUUUGUGGACGAUCAUUAACCGAGCUGGAAUGGAAGCAUUUGACGAAUCAUGGAUCUUUAAUGUUCGUUAUUUCAUAACCUACGUCGGUACUUCCGCCUCGGUGAUCAAGUUUUCUGGGAUGACUCUUUUACUUGGCCAGAGAUUUUAUCAUCUUAAUAAAAUGGCUCUUCAAAGUGUUCCUACAGCCACGAGAAUAAAAGGAGUACCCGUUGUAGAUUUAAAGGUAAUUGAACGACUACACGGGGAUCUGAUGGUGGCUGGUGAGAGUCUCGAUUCCCAAUACUCAAAUUCGGUUUUGCUCUGGCUGACGAAUUUGUGCAUUCACAUUGUGAGCAAUCUUUAUUUCGUCAUUGACUGGACUACUUCAAGAAGCUGGGAUGACGUCCAAUGGCGAAUAGUGAUUUGUCUAGUGUCUUGGCUGAUGGCCUUCGUCGGACAAUUAGUUCUUCUUAACAUGUCCUGCCAUUUUACGUCCAGCGAGGCUAACUCCAUGGGGUACAUACUGAUUAACUGGAGAACCUCGAUGAUCCAACGCGAUCGCAAUUACAGUAUGGAAACUUCUCUCCAUUUGAUGAAUCGCAGAUUGAACUUCUCGGCGGGUGGAUGCUUCUUUGUGAAUCUGCCACUAUUGCGAUCGACCAUAGGAUUACUCACGACGUACUUGGUCAUACUCCUUCAACUUCCUGAUUAA